AUGGCCCCGCACCAGGACUAUUCCAAGAACGUGUUCCUCAACGGCUUGCCCUCAUGGGCGUUGAGCUGGCAUGUAGACUGUGAUGGCGGAGAACACUGGACGUAUGACGACGUUCACUGCUGGGAGGUCUCCUACCCAACCUGUCGGACUGGAAGAAAGCAGUCCCCGAUCAACAUCCUCCAGAAGGAUGUGCAGAUGGUCGGCAAGUCCAAAUUCCUUAGCCGUGUCGAUUGGAAGCCAGUGGCGGACCUCCGAGUGCAGAACAACGGACACAGCCUGCAGGUAACCAGCGACAUGCUGGGCUACGUCAAGCUCAUCGGCGGAGAUGGGUUCCCAGAAUUUUAUGACAUUGCGCAAUUCCACUUGCACAUGCCUUCGGAGCACAUGAUCAACGGUCGGCAAUUUGCUGCAGAACUGCAUGUGGUACACACGCGGCAAAGGGCGGUCGGCCAAGAGAAGAACACGUACGACUCCUUCCCAUUGGUUGUGCUGGGGUUUAUGUUUGACAUCACUGACACGGAAAGCCACUUCCUCAAGCAGUUCUACCUAGGUGAGGAGCCCAUCAAGAACCAAACUUACAAGACCGCCAAGAAGCCAAUCGACUUGAUGAGGUCCUUAGGUCCAGCGCUGGACGGUGACUUCUACAGAUAUGAUGGCAGCUUCACAACGCCUGACUGCCAUGAACAGAUCAAGUGGUUUGUUUUCGACCACAUCUUUAGCAUGAGCCUGCCGCAGUGGGAGACCUUCAAGAAGGAAUUCCCUUUUGCGCACGCCAAUCGCCCAGUGAAUGCGAUCAAAGACCACCGCCUUGUGAAGAAUGACUUCGAGGAGGGAACUCCCGUGCAAUACGACUUUUUCCUGGGGCGCCACGAGGGCCGCAACCGCUACCUCCCAGGAGAGUACUGGAUUCUGGUCCCAUCCAUUGCCACAAUUGUGUUGAUGUGCAUGAUCAUGCUGGCCGUCUUCGUCAGGGAGAAUCGAAGCAGACUGGAAAGUGCUGGUGGCCUGGUAGAGACCAUCGGAAAAAUCAGCUACAACAGGAUGUAG